CAGAUUUGUGACUAUAGUCUCGUUCAAAUUCAAGACGUAUAACUUCGUUAUUAUAUUUUUUUUAUAAAAAAAAUUUCCUUUUUAAAAAUUACAAAAUUCAAAGUAAAUUCAUAUCGUGAAUAAAAAGAGCUAGAGAAAUCGUUCCACCGUUGAAACGAAUACACGCCCGUGAGCACAGAGAUAAUACGCAUAAAAAGUACAAAAAAUCGUCGAUUCAAAGUGAACACAACUACACAAAUAUAUAGAUUCGCACGUAUAUAUAUUAUAUAUAUAUAUUUGAAGAACCAUGCAUCGCCGAGGCUAUGCUCUGCCCAAAUACGCGCUGUGUAUUAAGAGAAGUUCUCUGAGCGCGGUUGAGCGGUAUGAACUGAACCAGUGGCUGGAGGAGCAUCACAUUAGCUCAUCGAACCUGCGACGAGCCUUCACCGAUGUGCAACCCCUGGCGCGACUCUUGCAUCGGUAUUAUCCCGAAAUUAUUGAUCUCAAAAUCUACCCACCAGUGAAUAGUGUGCACAACAAGGUGUGUAACUGGGAGACAUUUAACCGACGCGUCCUGUCCAAACUGGGCCUGCAGUUGACUCGCGAGCAGAUGAUUCGUGUUGCCCGCAGCGUGCCCGGCUCUGUGGAUCAGCUGCUGUAUAGCAUAAUGCGUGUCCAUCGGGCGGCAGAGCAGAAGGCGCGCGAGCAGCGUGUCAGCACCGAGGAGGAGGAUGAGUCGACAACGGCAACACUGCAGCCAUCUGCUGGAACGGACGAGGCCAAGUCCAACGAACGGAAACCACUGACCCUGCCCGUUCCCGUGCCGUUGCCGACGACCUUGUCCUUCAGUUUGUCGCAGGCCAACAGGCAGAAUAUUGACGAAGUCAAUCAACUGAUACCGACCGCAUAUGCAGUGAGGAGCCUGAGGCAGGCAGCGUCCGCAACUCCAUCGACGACUGUGAAGAGUUCGUCCAUGUCACGAGGUGGCAUACCCACAGGCGCUAGCACCACUGGACGUUCGAGUCGCAGUAAGCGGCAUUCGCUGAACAGACGCUCCUACACAACAACGCCAACUGUCGAGCUGCCAGCAGGAGAGACAGCGGUCAUCGGAGGUGCAAUGCCAGAAGCAGCUGCGGCUGCUGUCCCACAAACAAUGGCAACAGCAUCCCGACAAAGAGGCCGUUAAGAAGCUGCAGCGUCGGAACGCUCGAAUCGCUCGUUACGACCAGUGGAGCGCUCAUCUGGAGAACAUGCUGCAGCUGAAGUGCGAA